AUGAAUGAAGAUAAUAUGUAGAAUUUAUUGAACAAAAAACAAACUUUUGAAUCCAAAUAUGAAGUAUGAGUAUGAAUUAAAUAGGAAAUUGUAGCAUUAACUUUACGAAUCAAUUAAUUGUAAGACUCAGUAUAAAGAAAUAUUGAUUUGGAUGAUGAGCAUAUGACUUUAAUCUAAUUAUAGAGGGAUCAAUCGUAUUUAUAGAUUAUGAGUUAUUUAGAAAGAAACUUUUAGAAACAAUACAAAGUAUGAUUAAUGAACUUGAAAGAGGAGCUAAAGGUUUUGAAUAAAAAAAAUAAGUUAAGAAUGCAAAAUAGUAAUUGGCAAAAUAGAAAGAUCGAUAUUAAUAAUUAUCAAAAGAAUUGAAUAAAUUAUCAUUCACUUAAAUUGAACAUACAUAAAAUAAAAGUCAAUAAUAACAUUAGAUUUCUGAAUAAUAAGAAUAACACUAUAGCUAAGAAUCUUUAGAUUUAGAAUAUUAAAUGAUUAAAGAAAGAUAAGAAGACAUUAAUCAUAUAUAAAAUCAAUCAUUAACAUUACAAAAAAUAAUGAAUGAAUUGGGAUUAAAGGUUAAUGAUUAGGGUAGGUAAAAUGUGUAAUUUAAGAUUAGUAACUUGAUUUAGUUGUGCAUGAUCUCUAGUAAACAAAAUCAAAUGUAGAACAUGCAAAUUAAGAAAUAAAAGAAGCAGCCAACAGUUAAAAAUAAUCAAGAUCAAAAUAUUAUAUUAUGUUAUUUAUUGCAUCAAUGUUAUUGCUUGGAACAUUGGGUGCACUAUUAAUUUCUUGA